AUGCUGCUGCCUUGCUUUGGCACAUCUGCCUGUGACAAAGUGAACAGUGACUCUCUCUUGUCCUUGGCUUUCAAGGCACCAUUGAAUUUAAAUUGGUCUGCUUCCACUGACUGUUGCCUUUGGGAAGGAAUAACCUGCGGCCCAGGAGAUCAAGGACAUGUCGUCCGGCUUUGGCUGCCUAGGAGAGGCUUAACUGGUGUCAUCAAUCCAUCAAUCACAAACCUCACCCAUCACACCCACCUCAAUCUUUCCCACAAUUCUUUCCUGGGUUCUCUCCCUGAAGAUUUGUUUUCAUCUCUCUCUAGUCUCCAAGUCAUUGACUUGAGCUUCAAUCGUCUCAUUGGCCGUCUACCACCUUCAAAUAAAAUCAGUCAGCUUCAGGUUCUGAACUUGUCUAGCAAUUUCUUCAAUGGAACAAUCCCAUCUUCGAUCCUUGUCCCAUCGGUGUCCAUUUUCAAUGUCAGCAACAACAGCUUUUCCAGGUCGAUACCCAUCGACAAUGGUAGCAACCACACAUCCCUUACCUUCUUGGACUUGUCCUACAAUAAACUCAAUGACACAAUUCCCCCUGGAAUCGGAUUAUGUUCCAAGCUCCAAGUUUUCCGUGCAGGCUUCAAUAGCCUCUCUGGUUCUCUCCCUGAUGAAAUUUUCAACCUUGCUGAUCUCCGACAGCUCUCUCUGCCUGUCAAUAGUCUUACAGGACCCAUCAACGAUGGUAUCAUGAACCUCACCAAUCUCCAGACCCUGGAGCUCUUUUCAAACCAGUUCUCUGGGCCAAUCCCAAGCCAAAUUGGUAACCUUUCCAGGUUGGAAAAUCUGCUGCUCCACGUCAACAACCUCACAGGCCCCUUACCUCUAUCUCUCGCCAACACUACAAAGCUGUCUGCUUUGAAUUUGAGGGUCAACACCUUGACUGGCACUAGUACAAAAAGUGACAAAGAUGACCAGAAAAAAACGACAGUCUAA